UCUGUCUGUUGUGAUUUCAUGUGUCAUAAAAAUUAUUUAUCAAAAUAAAGUAUUAUUUAUUAGAAUAAGCAGUUUAUGAGUGUAAAUUAGUGAUAAUGUCUCAAGGAAAAGUUGUUUUGAUGGCUUGCGGGAGUUUUAGCCCUCCGACAUACAUGCAUUUACGAAUGUUUGAAAUUGCCAGGGAUUACUUGCAUUCUUCAGGUUUGGCGAGUGUUGUUGGGGGUAUAGUGUCUCCAGUGCACGAUGCGUACGGGAAAAAAGAUCUAGUUGCAGCACAACACAGGAUAGCCAUGUUAAAGCUGGCUCUACGCUCAUCGUCCUGGAUCAAGGUGUCAGAGUGGGAGACGCAGCAGUCCGGCUGGACCAGGACCAGGCUGUCUAUGCAGUACCACCAGGAUACCCUCAACGGCUACAUAUCAUCGCUCUCAUCUCUCGACCCAGACCCGCCAUCUUGGCUGCCAGAUGACGUGCUAAACGUCAACAGCAUCGACGAACCAGAUAACCUGAUGGACAAGCUACACAACGGGUUGAACAACCGGAUCACGAUCAAGCUGCUGUGUGGAGCGGACCUUUUGGAGUCGUUCGCUACGCCCGGGCUUUGGUCCGACGAGGAUCUGGAGACGAUAGUGGGUCGGCAUGGAUUGGUGGUGGUGUCGCGCGCCGGCAGCGACCCCGGCCGGUUCAUAUACGAGUCCGACAUGCUCUACAAACAUAGAAACAACGUUACCCUAGUAACGAACUACAUAGCCAACGAAGUGAGCUCGACGGUCAUCCGCCGUCUAGUCCGCCGCGGGGAAAGCGCCAAGUACUUGACCGACGACGGAGUGUUAGGCUACGUACGUCGACACAGCCUAUAUGGAGCGACGCCGCAUGACACUGAGUACAACCUAAUCAACGAUCUACUCGCGAAAUACGACAAGCGAUCACCUCAAGACGUUCUCAUGGCAUCUCCCGAAGAAACCAGCUUCAAAAACAUCCUGAUAUCCAUCCGUGAUAAACCAACUAUAGUCGACGAAACGAUCACAGUCAAAAGGGCUCGGAAAACCAACUUCCUCAUGCCCAACUCCCACACAGAUUCAGUCAGCCCAGUAUUGGAUACUAUAAAACCCAAAAUGGCGUACAUCGACAAAGUUCCCGCGAGCUAUGUGCCAGGGAAAGCUGUCAAAAUCGUCAGCGAUGCCACACAACACGCUAUCAAGGACGAAAAGGUAAGUUUAGAGCCAACUUAUAGGUCUUUAGACAGCUAUCUGUCAAAGGACGACGCCGAUUUUGACAUUUACAAACGUCGAGUCAGCGAGAGCAACGUGGAAAAAAAUUUAAACAUCGAUAACGUUAUCAAGAAACGAUGCUCAUCAACAAUAAGAAAACUGCGGCCAGAAGAUAUGAAAAAGAGUAAAUCCGAAGUGAGUAAGCUAUGCGAUAAGGUAAAGAGCAUCAAACUUAAAGAUAGAGACUCGGGUAGAAAUUACAAAACUAGGAGUUGCAAUGAUAUUGUAAGGUUGAUUCUCACUAAACACGGCAUUCACGUCAUAAGUGAUACUGAAGCUAUUGUUUAGACGUAGCUGAGCAUAGUAAAGCCUUGAUCACACGUACCGAGUAAACGGGCGAGACAGUAAAAUGUUUACUCGGUCGAGACAGUUGGGUGAGCGAGUCACAUACUCGAGCGCUCGGCCGAACACUCGGCGUAAUGUUCAUACACACCGAGUACUCGGCCGAGAGCACUGUCUCGCCCGUUUGCUCGGUACGUGUGAUCAAGGCAUAACUGAUUUUUGUUGAUCGACGAAGUUAACAUUUUGAGUUACGGAUUAACUUUUAGACUAAUGCCCUAAUUUUUCACCAUCAAUCCCUAAUUUUUAAGUGACCCUUAUGAAAACAAAAUUCCUU